UGUACUGCGAACGUAAACAACCGGCGUCUUGGCGAUUUGUGUUGGCUACAGCUCAUUCACAGUUAUCUUAAAUUCUCGAAACAGUAACUCAGGACAGACGAUCUAAAAGAAUCAUGGGUCUACUAAAAGAUGAAGAACAUGUGAAAGAUAAUAGAAAUGCUGCAGGGUUGAUUGAGACUCCGACUAGCCUGGAGCCGUCGGCUGUGAAGACUGAUCCCAAGGGACUUUCCCCUAAGAAGACUCUGCCCUCUACUUCAUUCUCCAAUUCACCUCGCCGCAAGAAGAAGACGGGCAUCAGACAAGCAAGGAGGAUUGAUAAUAACAAUUUUCUGAAGACAUUGCUUGAUGAUGACUUCCAGGCAGGAGAGCCAGAUAUCAGUGAUUUUAUUCCUCUCAUUCAAGUGCAUUUGAACAACUUUUUCUGCAGGAGAAAAAUAUGGAGAUAUGGAGCGAGUUCAUGAACCGUUCUGGAGAGGAGCAGGAUCGAUUCCUACAGGAGGUGGAGGAAGGCAUGAUCAAGGUCGCCAAGAAGGCAUCUCUGGAACAAGAUAACAAUGGAAACGCUUUUACCAAGCUAGAGAUUCCUACUAAAGGAGAGACCCUGUGGAGGUCCAGGACAAGAGAAGUGAGCAUCCAGCACACUCUCCUAAGGACUGCUUCAACAGGAUCAGUACUCGUCUCCAAACUAUGCUCCGAAGAAGACAUCUUCCUAAGGGAGCUCUUGAGCUGCAUGAAGGGGAGCUAAUGAUGUGGUUCACGGAUGAUCCUGGAUCCGUCUUUAUCUCAACGUUACAUAGCAGCUUUGAUCGGCUCCUGCUCCAUGCUGUGUGUCAGUACCUAGGCCUCAGCUCAGAGAGUUUUGAUUGCGGUGGAAAACGUCAGACUCGUGUUGAGAACAACAAUGAAUCGUUCAAUCCGCCGGCCAUUCUCCUCUCUACCUUCUUAGACUCACUGAGAUAAUUAACAGCAUCAUAAGCUGGGACCUGUUUCACAAAAAUUGUCAUCAGUGACAAAUGACAAUCUUUGUUAUAUGCUAUUGAAAUCCUUGCUUCUGAUUGGUUAUCAGCAGGUUUGUCACUGAUUUUUGUCAUUUGUCAUUGAAAAAAGGCUUUGUGAAACGGGUCCCAGAGCUACCAGGGGAAGAAGUCAACCUUGUUUCCGCUUUCCUCAACAUUCACUCGCUCAGCAAACUCACACAGAACUCAAAAUCGGUGAACUAUUAUAAUCAAAUCUAAUGGAAUUAGUACCGGGUAUACCAUUUUGCUUAGUGAAACAUGGUAUGAAAAGAUGCGUCAAGAAUGCAAAAGGCUUGGUGAUAUCAAUCAAGAAAAGUUGUGAUUAGACAAAUCUUAAUGCUAAUUUGGGGAUUAUACAGCCUAAUCACGGUCGUAAAGGUAUUUUGCCAGUUCUAAAACCUGGUGAUACAGCACUACCUUUACGUGUUGAAAUUGUGAAUUUUUUGUCAAUUGUCCAUUUCGCGUUCUGGACUCUUCUUUUAAUUGCCACUAUGUGUUGCUAAUAAAACUACAUGCAUGUACCUUAAAGGGGCUAUUUGACUUUUAGAGCUGUAAUACACAUUAGUUGUAACACAUUUAAUACAUAACAUUUUUCUUUACAGCACAUCACAUGGGUUUGUGAUACGUAAAUAAAAUUUGUGUCCUGAAAACUGUGGCAGGUAUUUUGCAAUAGCUCCCUAUAAGUUAGGUAGUACCUCAAUACAGUUGGGACCUUAAAAGUCCAAGAAAGAUUCCCCUGUGUGAAAUAUACUGCCCUAUUUUGCCAUUCGGUUUAUCCAAAGACUUGAUAAUAAUGCACAAAGCCAUAUAGUUAACUUUAUUACCACAACCGUGUAAAGCGAAAUCUAGGUGUAGCUAAGUCAUGCUAGGCAAAUGUUCUCUUCACAUCACCUGCAAACCUGUCUUUACUGUUCUAAGUAGGAAUUUACGAAUAACAAUCUUUGCUAAGAAGAUUGGAAAUAUAUAAAAGAAGCACCUUGCAGCAUGUUAUU